AGGCGCYCCGCUGCCGCCGCUCGCCGUCCAUGUGCCUGCGGCCGCCGCGCCUCGACRUCGCCAUGGAUCUCGGCGUGCUCUUCGCCCUCAUCCUCUACCUGCCCCUGGCCCGCCUUGAGGGGGACCCCAUACCUGAAGACAUUUAUGAGAUUCUGGGCAGCAGCUCGGUGCGCUCCAUCAGCGACCUCCAGCGUGCCCUGCAGAUAGACUCCGUAGAGGAGGAAACCUCGAGCGUGGAGCUGAAUGCAACCCAGCCCGGUCAAAACCCUGCGGCGCUGUCUCGAGGGAGACGAAGCAUAGAUGCGCUGGCCGCAGCUGAGCCGGCCGUCCUCGCGGAGUGCAAGACGCGGGCGGUGGUCUUCGAAAUCUCCCGCAAGAUGGUGGACAGCACCAACGCCAACUUCGUGGUGUGGCCGCCCUGCGUGGAGGUGCAGCAGUGCUCYGGGUGCUGCAACAACCGCAACGUGCAGUGCCGCCCCACGCAGAUCCGCGUCCGGCACGUCCAGGUGAACAAGAUCGAAUUCGUGCAGAGGAAGCCAGUAUUUAAAAAAGUUGUCGUGCCUUUGGAGGAUCAUGUGCAGUGUCGGUGCGAAGCAGUGGCCCAUCAGCCCCCGAGGAACAUCAGGCCAGGACAGCGUAAACAGAGACGCCUGCCCCCGUCCUUCACCACGGCCGCCGCGGCGCAGAGGCACCGAGCGCGCCGGCUGCCAGCGCAGAAGAGGAAACACAAGAAGUACAAGCAUGUCAACGACAAGAAAGUGCUGAAAGAAAUCCUCGUCGCAUAGAAGUGCCGGCAGGGGAGAGAGAGCCCAAGGCAG